UAGGUAUACAGCAGACAGCGAUAGGACAGGGUGGAUUGUUUACAUACAGUGAACACGUUAUUACGGUAUCAGCUUGGCACCGUGUCGAGCAUAAGGCAACCAGCUAGCGUAGUAGCACUUUUUCGUAUAGAACAUUGCAUACACUAUUGUUACGCAGAAAAAGCAGGAUAGAGAUUAUUUCACUGUAAAUCAAGGCAUUAAACUUGUAUGGUGGGGGAAUAUAUGCUUACAGUGGAAACCAGUAUCUGGAAUGUUUCCGAACAGUUUGGAAAGAAAUAUGGAUAAAGUCACUUACAGGAUGAAUUUAUCAGGAAGACAAAACCAAAAAUCUGUUCUCGUGGAUGUUACACUGACAGAGACAGUUUUAAUGUGGGCCCGUGUCUCGCAGACAAAAAACUCUGAAGUCACAUCAAUAUGCACAGAUGAUCUCCUAGCUGUACAACCAUUACAAACCGGAAGUGACGUUGUAGAUUUGAUAACGUACAGAAUGUUCUAUGUUGAACACUUUCCCCAAAGAGUGAUGAGGAUGAAUUCUGUCGUGUUGUCGAUGGGCCAUUCUGAGGCUGUGUCCUUUCUGACAAAAAUAAACCUCAUUAUUAACGGUUCAUCGAAACCUAGGCGUCUCCUUGUAUUCAUCAAUCCCAUCAGCGGAAGGAAGAAGGGCACGACCGUCUACCGGAAACAGCUAUCGCCGCUGUUUCGAAUUUGCGGUAUUGAUGUGGAUGUUGUUGUCACCAAACGGCGCCGCCAUAUUUCGUCUGUAUUGGAGAAAUAUGAUCUUUCGUCAAUAGACGGCAUUGUGACAGUAGGGGGUGAUGGGCUCUACAGUGAAUGUAUGGACGCCUUACUCCGAAAACAACAUCAAAACAGCGAGAUAGAGUUGGAUACGGCCACACCCACAAUGAGUGACAUUCCAGUUGGCAUUAUUCCUGCAGGAACAGGAAACGUGCUUGUUGAGUUUCUCCAUGGCAACAAAGACAUCGAAACAGCUGUUCUACACAUUAUCAAAGGGAAAACGUCUCGAUCCAAUGUGGCGGGGCUAUACGAGAACCGGAAGCUGACAGUGUUCGCCGGUCUUGUUCUUGGAUUCGGACUGUGUGGUGAAAUGGUGAGAGAUUGCGAGAAGAUGAGAUGGCUUGGACCGACAAGACACUCUGUAGCUCCCCUCAAGGCAUUCUUCCAACGCAGGACAAUUGAUCUAGAGGUUACCUCACGGCAGGGUGCAACAACUUCAGUGAUAGAGGACACAAUCGGGCCGAACAGUCGUCUCUCCGGUCCAAUGUACAGUCUGGACAUGUGGGUACCAACACUCGUUAACGGCCCGCGGAAGAUGAAGCCUACCUUUUGGGACAGCUCUCUGUCACUGCAUGCUGUUCAUAAGUGUAGCUUUGUAGACCACCUCCGACAUCUUCUCAAAGUCAACAGUCGUCAAACUGGAUGUUUUGAUUACGACUUUGUGAAGACCAUACAAGGGUCAGGGUUCAAGGUUUGUCUACAGCGUUCUCACGGAUCAACACGUAAACACUAUAUCAACCAUGAUGGGGAACACACACUGUUGACGUCACAGUCAUUUGAUGUCAGAUUACAUGAAGGUGCCAUCAAGCUGUUUGGAACCAUGAACUAAGCUGUGGUUGUCCGACAUCUCAAUCAGACGGUGUCCCAUCAGAAUUCAAUCUAGUCAAUAUCAUAUUAUUUAUUUUCAUAUAUUUAUAUACAAUGUAUGCUGGCAUUCAGAACAUUUUCAACUAUUAAUGAAAUAUGUUUCUGCAUUGGACAAUCUUUUUCCAAUGAUGACAUUUGCAUGUCAUUAAAAGGUAGAGUCACCC